AAUGGUAUUCCCUAACAAAGGAGAGGAGGUGGUGUUGAAACUCAAGAAAGGAGAUGUCAUACCAGUGCCAAUGGGAGCAGUCUCAUGGUGGUUCAAUGAUGGAGAUUCUGAGUUGGUUGUAGUCUUCAUGGGCGAAACAUCUAAGAGCUACGUUCCCGGCGUGUUCACCUACUUCUUGUUAAGUGGAACUCAAGGUAUUCUCGGAGGCUUCUCGCCGGAAUUUCUUAGCAUAGCAUAUAACACAAACAAAGACGGUGCAAAUAAGCUCGCGAAAAGCCAAACGGGAGUCCUGAUAGUAAAGCUAGAGGAAGGAAAAAGCAUGCCGAAGCCCAACGUAGAAAACACCAGAAAAAUGGUUUAUAACAUUGAUGCUGCAUUGCCUGAUAUUCGCGUUAAAAACGGCGGAGCAGUCACUGCAUUGACGGAGCACAAGUUUCCUUUCCUUGAACAAGUUGAUCAGCUGAGCGCCAGCCUCGUUAAACUUGAUGCUGAAGCAAUGCGUUCACCAUUAUAUGCUGCUGAUUCUGCAGUUCAGCUGAUUUAUGUUGUGAAAGGAAGUGGUCGUGUUCAGAUUGUGGGCAUCAAUGGGAAGCGCGUCUUGGACGUGGAAGUAAAGCCUGGUCACUUGCUUCUUGUGCCAAGAUUCUUCGUUGCCGCCGAACUUGCAGGCGCAGAUGGACUCGAGUAUUUCUCUAUAAUAACAAAUGAGCAGCCUGUCCUCGAAGAGUUUGCUGGCAAGGCCUCGGUGUGGGAUGCGUUAUCUCCGGCGGUCUUAGAAGCCUCCCUCAGUGUAUCUCCAGAGUUCGGGGAGCUUUUCAAGUCAAAAAUGCAAAAGACCACAGUCAUUAUCCCUCCACGGAAUUAAUUGAAUCCUUGCCGAUUGUACUACGUAGUUAAUUACAUAUUCUGUUGUUUCCAUUAAAAUAAAAUAAAUUAAUAAAUAAAUAGUUUUCAUGGCUCUGAAAUAAA